GUGAACUUCAACCUACUGUUCUGGUUCUUCCUCUUCGGGGCUGUCAGCGUCUACGCAGGCACCUGUACUAUCCAGCCGCAGUCCAACCUCGAUAGUCGUAUCAACUCGGCCUUCGUCAAAAGAGCAAAGGAUCAAUGUCAAAGUGCCGGUGGAAGCCCUAAGCAAGGCAACUCUGCCUCAGUAUCGUGCACUUUCCGAGGCGACGCGCCCAACUCGUUCCAGAGGACUUCAAAUUUUCGAGUGAACGCGAACGGGCGCAACGUUGAUGUGCGAGCUAAGGUGAAUUGCAGCAAGCGUUGA